AUGGCGCAGCUACGACAUCAGUUAUCCAUGUCGCCGUCGUAUUGUUUUGAGUAUGCCGAACACAGUUACCUUGGUGAUGCUCUGACUUUGGCAUGGAAUGACGGCAACUCAUACGUUGCGAAGAACAAGCCCUUUUCCUUGCCCAAUGGACUGACCCUCACAUACGGUCAAAUCAAUGGUCUUGCUGGCGACUUCUACGCUACCGUCAAUCCGAUCAGCGACGGUAAAGACUUGCAAGAUCAGAUUGCCCGAUUCAAGGCCGCUUGGCACUGGCUUGCGAUUGACACCACUCGCAAUCCCAAAGAAGCCCGUGACAUCUUGGGUUACCUCAACAAGGAAGUUGAAAUGGUUCAAGCAGCUCUCGAUAAGGGCCAGGACCCUUCAACUGUGUAUCCAGAGAUCCCUGAUGUCACCGCAGAGCUCCAGAUCCUCACUGUCACACGCCCAGCUGAGUGCCCUAGCUACUUGAAGCUGGCUCAGAUCAACUGGGACCACUUUGGCGUAGAUGCUCGCACUGCUUACAACGCCUGCCACUCCGCUGCAUUGUCAGUAGCCGCAGGAGGCGACCUUCUCCUGGGGUACGCUAUGAACGCCUUCGGUGAUCAUUUCCUCCAGGACUCAUUCGCAGCGGGCCAUAUGAGGACUCCCCGACGCAAGCUCCAUGACACUCUUGGUGAUGCCGAUCUAUGCGCAAAGAUGAUGCAUGAUGAGGACAAUGCUAUCGGCCUCAAUGUUUCCAACCCUGCCGGCAGAUCUUGGAGCACCUAUGGCGACAAGCGUCUUCUCGACAAGGAAGAUGUCGCCAACAAGAACGAGGCCUGGAAUGCUGUUCGCACCUCUGCUGACGAGAUCUACCAGGCUUGGAAGAACAAGAAGGUCCCAGCCUACCCCAACUAUGGUGCUUGGAACUGGGCACCCAUCUUGAGCAAGAUCCAGGAUGGCCAGUUGGUGGCACCACUUUUCCGUCCCGAUGGUCAGCGUCGUGCUGAUAUCAGGAAGCGCUGCCAGUACAAGUUCACCAACAACUACUGGUACUGGUCUACUGCAGCUGACUGCAAGGUCAGUGGGCUGUGGGACUACCCAAUCAAGCCUACACCAGACUGCUACAAAUAG